AUGAAAAUGAAGGGCUCGGCACCACCUGACCCAAUUUACAAACCAACUCCAAUCAGUCUACUUGAUAAUAAUUCGUUUGACCUUACGAAACCAACUGAUGGAGACCAUUCUACAAGCUAUGAGUACUCGGCCUGCAACAGUGUGGACCAGUCACUGCCCAUUUAUAAUCCAACCCCUCUAAGUGAGCUCGCCAAACACAUUGACGAUGACUCUCCCUCGAUCUACUCUCCCCUCAAUGUUCCCGCCUGGCCAAUAGUUGGGGAAUGCCCCACCUACUCCCCCGUUGUUGUGAAACGUUCGUCCAGUUCACUCUCACCCGAAAGCAUUUCUGUGUCGCCCUUCUAUAAGCCGUCACCGGCUUAUCCGCCAGAAGUAGACCCACAACCACCAGUCUUCAAACGGCCACGCAAGCAUCUCCAAACCGCUAAGCCCCCUGUUCCUCCAAACACUUCGACUGCCACCAACCCCAGGCUCUCUGGAAGCCCUUCAGACGUCCCCGCUGCACCACCAAAGCCUGUUAAAAGGCCAUCGACAGGAACUGAGGAUGAUGCGGACGAGGAUCCGGAGGAGAAGCGCAAAAAAAUUAUUUCCCUGUAUCGUGACCUGUACGAGGAUGACAGUGAAGAGGACGAGGAGGCAGAGGAUAAAAAGGAUGAAGCAAACUCUCAUACCUCAAUAAAGGCUACGCAUUCUGCUUUUCCACCCGACCCUGAAGAUGCUCACUCUCCCCCGCCACCGUCCUCUACCUCUUCACGCAUCCUUACCCGCCCAAAGAAACCCCUUAGGCCGAGCAACAAAAUUCCUAUGCCCAUCCGGAUCCGUUAUCUGGACCAGUUCAUUGAGGCCUGCCUACGCAUUUCUCCCUCCGAAUCAGACGCCUACAUAUUGGUGAGUAAUCCACGUGUUAGACAAACACGUGAACCUUGUUUCUAA